GAAGGCCCAGGUAUAAAAUGCACGGCCCGCCACUGGUUUUUAGUAACUUGAUUUUUAUCAGAAAGUCUUGAAAUGGAAAUAAUAUUUCACCCUCUUCCAUCCUGUCUCGUAUCAGUUCUCCAGUGUAUCACAUCUUUACACAUCUGUACUGUAUUCAUUACUUGUUUGCACAGGUUUGAAGAAAGAAGCCUGGUGAGGGUGCUGGCUAUGAUCAAUGCUAUAGAGAUCGUGAAUAAAUCCCCUCUGCUGGCUGAUGUCAACAUCACUCUGGGCUACCGGAUCAUGGACUCCUGCUCUGAUGUCAGGACAGCCCUGAAAGCCACAGCAGACUUCACCCAGCGGGCUGACUGCUACAUCCGAAGCAACACUUUUGGUCAGCCAGUCAUGGCUGUUGUAGGGGCCUCUUCCUCUGAAACAUCCAUCGCCAUUGCCAGGCAACUGAGUCUCAAGAUGAUUCCUCAAAUCAGUUAUUCAUCAACUGCGGCUAUUCUGAGUGAUAAGAGCCGCUUCCCUUCCUUCAUGAGGACCAUUCCCAAUGAUGAGCAUCAGACAGCUGCCAUGGUCAGUCUGCUCAGCACCUAUGGCUGGAACUGGGUGGGAAUAGUUACAACAGAUGGAAAUUACGGCCAAUCGGCUCUUGACAACUUUGUGUCCCAGGCCUCUGAAAAGGGGAUAUGUGUGGCCUUCAAAUCAAUCCUACCUCAAUCUGUAACCAGUCAGGAUGUCUGCUCUGCUAUCACGCAGACGGCCAGAACCAUCUGCAAGAAUCCCAAGGUACAGGUCAUUGUGUCUUUUGCCAAGCCGACUCACAUGAUGUACCUUUACCAAGAGCUGAAGAAUCAGACGCUGACAGCAGGACAGAGCAUGAAGACGAUGAGAAGAGUCUGGUUGGCCAGUGACAACUGGUCCUACUCCAGCUUUGUGAAAGGAAACAUAACUCUGGAGGACAUAGGACACAUUUUGGGCUUCACCUUCAAAAAUGGAGACCUGUCAUCAUUCAGUGAGUACUUGAGCAGACUGGAGGCAGCUGGACAUGACUACAUAAGGAAUAACACUUUCAUGCAGGAGUUCUACAUGCAGCUAAAAGCCAGUAACGAUUCUGGAGAGACUGAACUGGUGUCUAAAGCUGUGAACAGACUUAGAGAACACACUUAUGCCGGCACUAUCUUUAGUGUUGAGAUGGCUGUGAGCGCCAUUGCUCAAGCUGUGGCGUCUAUCUGCAGGAACAGAGACUGCAAAACCUCAGGCAAAGUGCAACCCUGGGAGGUCCUGAAAGCUUUGUGGAUGGAGGAGUUUAAACUUAGAAAAAAGAGCUAUAAGUUUGACAGCAGAGGAGACAUCAACCUGGGCUAUGAUGUGACAAUGUGGAGGUCAGAUGGAGGGAACAUCCAUGUUCAUAAUGUUGUGGCUGAGUAUCACCCACACAACAACAACUUUACCCGCACAAACCACAGUUCCACCCAACAGCUCCAGGACCUGAAGCACAUCAUCUCGAAAUGCUCCAGUAGCUGCGUCCCCGGACAGUUCAAGAAAACAGCGGAGGGUCAACACACUUGUUGUUAUGAGUGCAUCAACUGUACUGCAAACUACUACUCUAAUAACACAGAUAUGGACCAGUGUCUGAGCUGUGACACAAACACAGAGUGGUCUACUGAUGGCAGUUCCAGCUGCAUCCCCAAAGCCCUACUCUACUUCUCCUGGCAGGAUGGCUUCGCUGUGGUGCUCCUAACGUUUUCUGCCCUAGGCAUCUUUCUGGCUCUGCUGGUGUCUGCUCUGUUUCUACAUCGCCGGGACACUCCUGUUGUAAAGGCUGCCGGAGGGCCACUGAGCCAGGUCAUCCUGUUCUCUCUGGUCAUCAGUGACAUAAGUGCCAUGCUGUUUGUAGGCCGUCCCAACAGUUUCCAGUGUAAGGCUCGACAGGUGCUCUUUGGCAUCAGCUUCACUCUGUGUGUCUCCUGCAUCCUGGUCAAGACCCUGCAGAUCCUGCUUGCCUUCCAGGUGGACCCUGGGACGCAGGAGGUUCAGCGAAGGCUCUACCAGCCUUACCUCAUUGUCAGCAUCUGUGUAGCCGUACAGGCAGCUACCUGCGUCUGCUGGCUGGUGCUAAAAAGCCCAUUUAAUCACGUCAUCAGGCAUCCAACCACUCUGCUGGAGGACUGUCAUGAGGGCUCAUAUUUGGCCUUCGGGUUGAUGCUGGGCUACAUAGCUGUCCUGGCUUUAGUGUGUUUCAUCUGCGCCUUCAAAGGACGCAAAUUGCCACAGCAGUACAACGAGGCAAAGUUCAUCACCUUCAGCAUGCUGCUUUACCUCAUCUCCUGGCUGCUUUUUGUUCCUGUCUACGUCACCACUUCAGGAGUGUACCUGCCGGCUGUGGAGAUGGUGGUCAUUCUCAUCUCCAACUACGGCAUCCUCAGCUGUCAUUUCUUCCCAAAGUGCUAUAUAAUCCUUUUAAAAAAGGAACACAACACCAAGAGUGCUUUUAGGAAGAAUCUGUAUGAAUACUCCAGCAAAACCACAGACUCCGUCUCUGUGUCUGGUAACAAACUGCAGAGACUGGACUAGCUGCACCAGUUUGCACAGAGGUUCAAUCAAACACUGCCUCAGAAGAAGCACCAGCAUAUAAACCACCAUUAUUAAGGGUUGACAAGAAAUUAUUCAUAUUGAACUAUACAUUUUUUUAUUGUAAAGAAUAUAUAUUUACAAGAUCUGAGCCUCCAUUUCUGUGUAUUCCAAAGUAUGUCAGACGUUUUUCUUCUAAUGUUUCAUUUAUCCUAAUAAAUAUGGAUAUAUUACAAAAAAACAAGCCGAAAUUUACUUGGAAAUCUUGGGAAAAAACUAGUCCGAAAACAUAGCAGCUGGAUUAUUGAUCCUCUAAUUGGUUUAUUUAUUAUUUAGUCUUUUCUUGAACAGCAACAGCAGAAAUGUUUAAAUAACUAAUUAUUGUAGACUAUACUAUUUAAAUGCCAACAACGAAUGUAAAUUUGAGAACAUUCCUAUAGGGAGGAGUAUAUUUGGUGUUGAACACCUUGGUCAUCUCCCUACAGUCAAGAAAUAAUUAUUGUUAAGGUGUGUCAGCUGGAGUGGUAAUGGGACUAGCAGCUUCAACCAUAGACACAAAAAUGCUACAUUACGCAUCUUGGAUUAGAGCAUAAUAAUCCAAUACCUCGUUAAGGCCCAUUGACUGAAGUUUAUCUAAAGUGUCAAUCGAAAAGAACUUCCUUUGGCAUAUUAUUCUUUACAUAUCUCCCCCUCUUGGCAAGUCAUGUGUUUAAUGGCCUGGAGUUGUAGAAAGGAGAUUGGGUGUGAAAAUCCUUCGAUAUAACGAGCAACAGAAUAGAUCACAUCGUUUGUGCCUGAUGGAGCUCUUGUGCUCACUAAUCCUCUGUUUCAGCAUGCGUGUAGUUUCACCUAUGUACAUUUCUUUUGUUGAUUUAUCUGAAAAAAAAAGUUUUCAGAGUUGCAUGCUUGUACUUUUUUCUCUCCCACAAAACCACACAACAGUUACACCUUCGCAAAUUUGUUAUUGCAGGUGCACAAAUCCUAUUCACAAACUAAGAAACUCACAAGUUCACAUUUCUGCUACAGUUACUGCCGUGAAUAUGGUGCAAAACACAUUCACACACCUGUAUCAAAAAAUGUGAAGUCACGGAAAAAAACAUGUUUUUUUAUGUAUGUUUUCUAUGCUGUAGGCUGCUAGAUGUUUAUUUGUGUUAAGGUAGAAGUAAAGCUAAGCUUUGCUAUUUCAUCUAGCUUUACUUAGCAAAUGAUUGCUAGUUUCCUGUCAUUCAGGAGUAUGGCCAAGGCUUCAUAAUGUAAUGUUACUGUGUUUGUGUGCGUUUGUAUGUGUGUGUGUGCGUGCGUAAUGUUCACACAGGCAG